AAUUUUGAUUUUGAUUCAUCAUCUGAACAACCUAGUGAAUUUCCUAGCUUGUUUGUAGUUAAUAUAGUUUUCAAAAUUAAAAAAUUUGAUUUUUUAAACCAACAAUUUACACAAAGACCCAAGAAAUAUGAAGAAUCUGGAGAAUUACUUGCCCUUGAAAUUUUAAAAUCACAGACCA